AUGGGCGGGAUAUUCUCUCACCUUAACGAGGCUCCAACCUUCAGUCGUCCGGUUUACACGGACUUGGUUUCGUUCGCUCUCGACGACCGACCAGUGAAUUACGACAGGCAGCGGCCGCUAUACGUUGAUGCCGAGAAUCCGAGCUGGGCGAUUAACUCUCGCCAGCUGCGGCUGUUGGUGCGUUCUUUGAUUUCGGGCCUCAGACAUGUUGCAGACGUUGGAGACGGGGACUGUGUUUUGGUUAACCUACCAAAUAACGUCCUCUAUUCUGCCUUGUUCUAUAGUAUCAUUGGUGCAGGCGGAGUCUAUAUGGGAAUCAACCCAUCUAGCCAAUAUGCAGAGCUAGAUCACUUUCUAGAUCUCGCCAAUCCUAAGCUGAUUAUCACGACCGAAAAGAACUUGGAAAUGCUGAAAGGGAUUGCCGAGGCUAAAGGAAUUCCUUUGAAUCGUAUCUGUGUCUUGGAUGAAUAUGCCAUCUCGCGUCUGUCGUCCUUCUUGGCUCCGCAGCCACCCACCGAGAGCCAAGCAAACAGUCAGAGCUAUAGGCCAGAUACAGAGCAAGCGGUUAUAAACUUCUCAAGUCUCGUAAGCCAUGGCGAAGAAGACUGGAUCCGAUUUGAUGACAAGGAGCGCGCCAUUAACACGCCCGCGGCUAUGUUCACUACAAGCGGCACUGGUGGGCUGCCUAAAGGAGCAAUCCUUUCCCAUCACGCAAUCAUCAUGCAACAUUUGAGUAUCUACUACGAGACUCCUUAUGACACAACUCGGCUGAUCUCGAUCCCCAUGUUUCAUCUGUUUGGCGCAUUGUUUACACAUCUAUUCCCUGCCCGCUACGGUGAAACAUGUUAUAUCUUGCCUAAAUUCGACAUUGCACAGUUUCUCCACACGAUCUAUAUAUACAAAAUCACCGAGACAUACAUGGUUCCUGCUAUGGUCCAGUCACUGAACAAAUUUUCGGGUUUCGAAAUUGCAGAGUUCCUCCGUUCAUUACAUUACGUCGGCACAGCUGGUGCUUCACUAGACGCAGACUCCGCAGCAAGCUUUCAGGGAAAACUUCAAGAGCAUGGACAGGUAUCGCAGAUCUGGGGGAUGACUGAGGCCGGCAUUGCGUUUCAAACGAGAUACGGUAAACGCGAUAAUCCGGCCAGCAUUGGCCAACUUAUGUCAAACUAUGAAGUGAAACUAUUGGAUGGAAACGGGCACAGAGUCACAACGGACAGCACUCCGGGUGAAUUGUACGUUCGCGGACCUGGGCUAUUGACUGGAUACAAGGGGAUCGCCGAGGCUAAGGAAGAAGAGGGGUGGUUCCGGACCGGGGAUAUUGUAUCCGUACGAGGAGGGGAUUACUACCUCCUCGGUCGCGUCAAAGAACUAAUCAAAGUUCGGGGCUGGCAAGUUUCACCUGCCGAAAUCGAGAGUGUACUCCUUAAACACCCGUACAUCGCCGACGUGGCUGUCAUAGGCGUCAAGCGCAGAGACCUGAAAAACGGCGGCCAAGUCGAAGACGAGCUUGUUCGUGCGUUUGUUGUACGGCGAAAGACCGCGGCUGGUGGUAUCGAGAAUCUCAGUGCUGAAAAUGUCUAUCAGUUUGCCCGCAGCCAGCUUGUCAGCUACAAGUCUAUCACGGGCGGGAUUGUUUUUGUGGAAGAAAUCCCACGUACCCCGAGUGGUAAGAUUCAGAGAUUCAAACUCGUUGAGAUGAACGCGUAUCGAGAGCUGGUCGCGGGGCUUUUAGGUCAACAGGGACGUGCAAUUCAGCCUGUGGAAAAUAAUUUAGGCUUGGCUCGUCCGCCUGGAGAGCUAUUGUCUUGA